AUUUCGUGCCAAAGGUGGUUCUGAUUGACGUUUUAAAAUAGAUGCUGGGCGUUUUCACAUUAGUCUCUACAUGUUGGGUGAACAUUUAAUAUGUUCAUCAAUAUCGUCGAAUAUUGCUAAAAUAAAAACUAGUAAAUGUACCUAAAUACCCAAGACGACAGUGUGUUUGGUAGAAGUUAGAAAGGCACUGAACAGAAUGGAAAGACAGUUGGUCCUGAUGACAUACCUGUGGAGGUAUGGAAGCAAUUUGGUGACGUCAACGUACUCAAUAGAAUACUAGCGGGAGAGAAGAUGCCAGAAGAAUGGAGGAAAGGUAUGCUAGUCCGCAUUUUAAGAGCAAAGGUGAUGUUCAGAAAUCGUCAGUGAUCAUGCACCAAUUUCUCUUAAUCCAAAAGUUGAAUCGAAUUUUGGGACCAACCCCCCCCCCAAAAAAAAAAAAAAAAACACGCCUUUUCAACAUCCUUAGAGAUCUUUGUCAACAAGGAUGAGUUUCAACAACUCUCCAACUUUAUCUCAAUCUCUGUUGUGGAUGUUUUGAGAAGUAGAAUAAUAUCACAUUAUUGUGAUAAACAAGAACAAAAACUUAAAAAUGGAAUUGAGGAAAAAAAAUUACUCCUCACAGAAAACUAUGCAAGUAAUCCAACAGAUACAAUUAAAAAUGAACUUCAAGAGGCCAAACAUCAAUUAGAUGACAUUUUACUUAGAAGGCUUUUUUUACUACAACAGUUCAGGUACACUAUUUUUGCGCACAAUAAUAAAUCCAGAAAGUUCUGUGCAAAGUUCAGUGCAAUAAAGAAGUUACAAUUUUUAGCGGAUCUCAUACACAUCUUCAAACAACCAAGAUAAAAAAUUAAGGGAAACUUUCAUGAAGGAUCUAAAUAUUCCUCAGUUAAAUGUACAAGCUAUAGACAGGCCUGAUGCUCCUUUAACCAUCACAAAAUUACAUGACUCAUUAAAAAACAUGCAAUGAGGACAUGCCCCUGGGCUGGAGAGAAUCCCUGUUGACUUCAUUAAACGUUUUUUGCCAAUAAUUGUCCCUAUUUUUUUUAUCGAACAGUCAAGGAGAUAAAUGAUAAUGGUCAAAUUAGUAGCCACAUGAAUACAGCUUCAAUGAAGUUAUUACUAAAACCAGAUAAAGACCCCUGUCUUCUGGCUAAUUAUCGUCCCUUUUCACCGAUUCAUGUAGAUAUCAAGAAUUCAAAAGCCCUCGCAGCGAGACUUACUCCCAUUGAUAAUUAACUCAGACCAGACAAGAUUAAUUGAAGGUAGAAGCGCCGCAAAUGUCAGACUUUUUCUAAAUUUAGCAAACAUGUCACAGCGUAAAAACCUAGACACAUUUAUUGUUACUUCAUGCAGAAAAAGAUUUUGAUAAAGUUAACUGGACUUUGUUUGCCUUUUUUUGCAAAUUUGGCUUUGGAGAUUAAUUCAUACAUUGGAUAGCAACAUUAUACAAUUCCCCAAAAGCAACAAGUAGGCGUGACCAAACAAUGCAAACCAAAACUAGUAGGCAUUCCAACAGCUUCUUCCCACUUUCAAUUUAAUUCUUGAACAGCUAACGUAGAACUUGUCAAAUGGAACCUGUCAAUUUUGUACCACAAGUUUGUCACAUUGGGCAUUCAUAUUGCUCUAAAUCAGACAUGUCCAAAGUCCGGCCCCCGGGCCAAUUGCGGCCCGUGGACAAAUUUUUACCGGCCCGCGGCCUCUAUCAUGAAAUCAAUAAUAUGCGGCCCGCCAGCACUGUUGACUACAGUAUAAAAUACAUGUGUACAAAAAGCUAUUUUUCAUAUUUUUCAUUUCACCAGAAGAUGGCAGUAGCCCUGUGGCCGCACUCUGGCCGCCGUGACCCUUGACCUUGCGUGAUCGUUUCAGCCCAGCCCAUUUCUAACAUGGCGUCUGUAAACAAAAAAAGGAAAGUUGACCGCGAGGGCCGCCGCUUCCAGGACAAGUGGAAAUUUGAGUAUUUUUUCACUGAAAUACGAAACAACUGUGUCUGCCUAAUUUGCCAAGAGACUGUGGCUGUUUUCAAGGAAUUCAACAUCAAGAGGCACUACCAGACGAAACAUGCUAGCUACGACAAGCUAACUGGGAACAAACGCGGUGAAAAAGUGAAGCAACUGGAAGCUGUUUUAACGGCACAGCAAAGCUUUUUCACAAGAGUCCCGUGCGAUGAAAGCACGGAUGCGUCCGACACCGCUCAAUUACUGAUCUUUUUAAGAGGAGUGGACAAUGACAUGAACGUGAGUGAAGAGCUUCUGGACCUCCAGAGUCUGAAGGGCCAAACAAGAGGAACGGAUUUAUUUGUUUCUGUUUGUUCCACCGUAGAUGACAUGAAACUACAGUGGAAUAAAGUCACCGGGAUUAUUACGGACGGCGCCCCUGCCAUGGCUGGCGAGCGGAGUGGAUUAUCAAGCCUUGUCUGUAACAAAGUCAGCGAAGAAGGAGGCAGCGCUAUUAAACUCCACUGUAUUAUUCAUCAAGAAGUUCUCUGUGCCAAAUAUAUGAAAUAUGAUAAUGUUAUGAAACCGGUGAUAAAGACUAUUAAUUAUAUUUGCUCCAAAGCGCUGUGCCACCGCCAGUUUCAACAGUUUCUUCUCGACAUCCAGGCUGAAUACGGAGAUGUUUUGUAUCACACCGACGUAAGGUGGCUCAGUCGGGGGUCUGCGCUGCAGCGCUUCUUCUCUCUCAGGGAGGAAAUUGGACAAUUCUUGACUAAAAAGGGACAACCCAUGCCACAAUUAAAUGAUCCUGUUUGGCUGGCUGAUUUUCAGUAUUUCAGUUUCCUGUAUUUGUAGUGACGUCUGAGAUUUUUCAUCCUUAUACCACUUCUAUAUCUGUACUCAGUUUUCAGAAUCAUAAAUAGCCAACGUUUCAAGACUGUGAACAGUGCGCAAUGAAUUUUGCUCAGCGGGUUAAGUAUAAAUUAUCAUGUGGCACUAGACGACACUUUUAGUUACUCUUUUGCUUUUUUAAAAUUUUUAAUGUAUUUCAUACACGGCUGAGAAGUGUUUUUCAAAUAAUUUUGACUUUACUAUUACGUUAGUAGGUUAGUGAUAGCCGUUACAACCCAUACAAGUAUUUUUUAUUUCGCUGACGUACAAACAUAAAUCAAGGACACCUUGUUUUUAUAGUACCUAGAGGUGUUUUUGGUCUGCAUCUAACAUAUUUUC